CGAGACGCGGAGAAACAUCACCCGAAGGAUACAUACCUCGUCGAUAUAUUUAGGACAAGCCGUAUUUACUUCCCAAAGAUUCACGAUGGACUCAGGCCAGUCGAAGAAACGGAAGUCGAUGGCCAACGGACCCGACCAGACGGCCUCCCGGACCCGCGUCAGAGUCGAGGAGAAUGGCAGUACCAAGGACGAGCCUGUGGAUGAUGCCCUGCUUGCCAUCCCUCUGGAUGCUCAUGGAUCUCUGGAAUACGGCUCCAACUGGGCCCGGCCUACGUUGAGUCCAAUCAACCCCCAAAACACUGCGAUCAUUUUUCAACAGAUCGAUAUCGACGAGCAAUCCCAGAGCAAUGUCCCUCGGCUCCGAAUCUUCGGCGUCACCGAAGCAGGCCACUCAGUCCUCGUCCACAUCCAAGACUUCUUGCCUUAUUUCUGGGUCCCAGCUCCGAAAGGGUUCCAGAACACUGACUGUCGGGAAUUGCUGACCACAUUAAACUCCGCCCUCUCGCUCGGUGUCAAGCCUGUCCAUAGUCUCUCAGUGGCUUACAAGACCUCCCUGUGGGGAUACACUGGGGACACCCAGUCUCCGUUCUUGAAGAUCGUCCUGACAGACUUCAAACAUCUUGGUCGGGUCAAAAAUGCUUUCGAAAGAGGAGAAGUCAACUUCCGCGAGAUGUUUACGGCCUGUACCACCUUCGAAAGCAAUAUUGCAUACACCCUACGCUUCAUGAUUGACAAGAAGGUCACCGGUAUGAACUGGCUGGAGGUUCCGCCGGGCUCGUACAGGCUUCGAACGGAGCUCGAGAAAGCGUCAAAUUGUCAAAUCGAACUAGAGACAUCAGCCGAGACAUUGAUUUCACAUGCUCCUGAGGGCGAAUGGUCCAAGAUGGCGCCCUUCAGAGUGCUCAGCUACGAUAUUGAGUGUUCAGGACGGAAGGGAGUCUUCCCAGAUGCCCGGCUAGACCCGGUGAUCCAGAUUGCCAACAUGGUCACCGCCCAUGGUUCCACGGUCCCUUUCAUUCGGAACGUCUUCACCCUCAAUACUUGCUCCCAUAUCGCAGGCAGUCAGGUCUUGGAAUUCAAAUCAGAAGAUCAGCUUUUGGCUAAAUGGCAAGCGUUUGUCGCCGAGUGUGAUCCCGACCUCGUCAUAGGUUAUAACACUAGCAACUUUGAUAUGCCUUAUCUCCUCGAUCGCGCCAAGGCAUUGAAAGUCGCAUCAUUCCCUUAUCUCGGUAGGAUGCGAAAUUCUCAAACAGCAGUCAAGGAGACUCACUUUUCAUCAAAAGCCUAUGGGACUCGUGAUUCCAAAGAAACACAUCUAGACGGACGUCUCCAACUGGACUUACUACAGGUCAUGCAGAGAGACUACAAGCUAAGAAGUUAUACAUUGAAUUCCGUGUGUGCUCACUUCCUAGGUGAGCAGAAAGAGGACGUUCAUCAUUCGAUCAUUACCGACUUACAAAAUGGCAGUGCGGAGACCAGGCGACGUCUCGCCGUAUAUUGUUUGAAGGACGCUUAUUUGCCUCAGCGUCUGAUGGACAAACUGAUGUGCUUUGUCAAUUAUACCGAAAUGGCCCGAGUAACGGGGGUUCCAUUCAACUACCUGUUAUCUCGAGGCCAGCAGAUCAAGGUGGUUUCCCAGCUCUAUCGAAGGGCCAACGAGCAUUCUUAUCUCGUGCCUGCGCUCAAGCAUGAAGGCUCCGAUGAGCCUUACGACGGAGCAACGGUCAUGGAGCCUGUCCGGGGCUUCUACGACGUGCCGAUCGCAACUCUCGAUUUUGCAUCCCUCUAUCCAUCGAUCAUGAUGGCCCACAACCUCUGCUACACCACUUUGACAGACGCUAAAACGGUCAAGCUGUUAGAACUACGACAAGAUGAGGAUUUCAUCAUCACCCCCAACGGAGAUUAUUUUGUCAAGGCAUCCAAGCGGAAAGGUCUUCUGGCGAUCGUCCUUGAAGACCUUCUGUCGGCCCGGAAGCGCGCAAGGGCCGAGUUGAAGCUGGAGACGGACCCGUUCAAGAGGGCCGUCUUGGAUGGACGACAGCUAGCGCUGAAAAUCAGUGCUAACUCAGUCUAUGGGUUCACUGGAGCGACGGUGGGCAAGUUACCAUGUCUACCAAUCUCGAUGAGUGUCACUGCUUUUGGCAGGGAGAUGAUCAAGAUCACUAAAAACGAGGUUGAGUUGAAGUACACAAAGGCCAAUGGAUAUGAUGAUGAUGCUGAAGUAAUCUACGGAGAUACCGACUCAGUCAUGGUCAAGUUCGGCUGUGCUGAGGCUGCGGAUUUUGUGAGCGCCAAGUUCCAGAAACCAAUCAAGCUGGAGUUCGAAAAAGUAUAUUUCCCGUACCUCCUUAUCAGUAAGAAGCGAUACGCAGGCUUGCAUUGGACAAAGCUCGAGAAACACGACAAGAUGGAUGCAAAAGGAAUCGAGACCGUGCGACGGGACAAUUGUCCGUUGGUCUCGACGGUCAUCGAGACUUGCUUGAAGAAGAUGCUGAUCGACCGGGACGUCAAGGGGGCGGAGGCAUACACCAAGCAGGUCAUCUCCGACCUCCUCCAGAACCGGAUCGAUCUCUCCCAACUAGUGAUCACCAAGGCCCUGGCUAAGGCCGACUACGCCGCCAAACAGGCUCACGUCGAGCUGGCCAAACGGAUGAAAAAACGGGAUGCUGGCAGUGCGCCUGCGCUUGGGGAUCGUGUUGCCUACGUGAUCAUCAAAGGCACCAAAGAUGCUCGGGCCUAUGAGAAAUCAGAGGAUCCUCUGUACGUGCUUGAGAACAACAUCCCGAUCGACACGAAGUACUAUCUCGACAACCAACUCUCGAAGCCGUUGAUGCGGAUCUUCGAGCCCAUCCUCGGCGAGAAGUCCUCCUCACUCCUUGCUGGAGACCAUACCCGGAUCGUCUCGAUUGCCACACCCACUCAAGGCGGCUUGAUGGGCUUCAUCAAACGCACCGAGACCUGUCUGGGCUGUCGAGUGCCGUUGGGCAAGACGACCAAAGAUACCAACACCGCCGUUUGCAAGAACUGUAGACCGAAGACUGCCGCUUUGUAUUCCAAACAGAUGGCUCUCACGCAAGGGUUUGAAAACGCAUUUGCGAGAUUAUGGACUCAAUGUCAAAGAUGUCAAGGCUCGUUACAUCAGGAAGUUAUCUGCACCGCAAGCGAUUGUCCGAUCUUUUACAUGCGCACUAAGAGUCGUAAAGACGUCGAGGACUCUUAUGCCGUCCUUCAACGCUUCGAUGGGGCUUGGUAG